UAGAAAAAGAAGCAGCAGUGUUUAAGAAAAGCCAAAAUUAAUAAUGAAAAUUCAUAUAUUUACAUUAUUCCUUAUAAUUACUAUCAGCGCAACGGGAACCUAUGCGGCCAAUAAAAACUCAUUAUUUGUCAGCGUCUACAAACUGUUUGAUUUUUUACAAAAGGAUAAUCCCAACAAUGCCAGCAAUACCACAAAAACCGUGGAAGAGAUGACGGUAGACGAGUUGGGAGUAUCCAGAGGACAGUGUUUGUAUAGUUUUAUGCAGUACAUUAGCUAUAAAGACUCUCAACAAUGUCAUAUGGAUGAUGAGUAUAUUUUGCAUUUGCUACCCUCUACAACAGCCUCGGAAAGUCCACGAAAACCUCCCAUAAUGGUUAAAUGUCUGCCGGAUCAUCCCUCGAUAGUUAAUGGCACCAAUAAGUUUCGUGUUAUGGAAAGUGUUCAAGAAAUAGUGGAUUUGCUAAAGCCCAUAGGCAACAAUACCAAACGUUAUCAGCCGGGUAGCUGUGUUUUGGUAUUUUUCUAUACACCCACUUGUUUUACCUGCUCUUUGGUGGCCAUACCCAUAAAUGAUCUGCCAUAUGCCUUCAAAACAAUACCUGUAGCUGCCAUAGACGCCUACAAGUUUCCCAGCUUCAAUACGGAAUUUGGUAUUGUGGCAUUGCCCACGCUAAUGCUAUUCCAUCAGGGCAGACCGGUGGUCAAGUAUCGUGCUCAAGGUAAUCUAAAUACAUUUGUGACACGCCAUACGGGACUCAAACCAGCCGAAGUGCCUAAGCAUGGAAAUCCCUCGCCAUUAUCGCUGAAAGUACUGAGUCACACCGAUUAUGUUCUCAUAUUGGCUUGGUUGUUUAUUUUAUCCUGUGCUGGCUUUUAUUUCUCCAAAUCACAGUUAUUUAAGCAAAUUGUGGAAAUGAUAAAACGUAACUGGAGAGAAUCCGAAGCACAGCUGGAACAUUAGGAUACUAGCACGGGAUUAUUUUUAAAACUAGAUUUUUAAAUUGGAUGUAAGAUUCGUUUAAGUUGAUAACUUGCUUAAAUAUGUAGGAGGCGAUAGUAGAAACACGUUUAAUUGUGCUUUUGUUAUAUUUUAACAUGUGAAAUGCAUAUGAUAUGUGUUUAUCGGGUAUGUGAAAUAAAUUGAUGAUAACUUUGUAUUGUUUAACUAAAUCCUUGUUCAGAUGCUAGAACAAGAAAAUUAAUUGAAUUUUAAUUAAUCUAUAAAAAUUAUGAUUCGGUUUAAAAUCGUAAUCUAAUUAAAAUCGAUUUUUAUCACAUACCCUUAAUGCAAAAAAACAAUUUAAAUAUUCAUAUACCUAUUUUUCCUGUAAUUUUAAAUUGAUCUAUGGUUUAUUUAAGUCAUGUUAAAGUAACUAAAUUUUGUUUAUGAACAUGAUUUAUAAAAUUAGCUUUAAAUUCAAAUAUUUAUGUAUUUAUAUUAUAUAACAAUAAUUUGUCAUUUAUUGAAGACAAAAAUGUAUAUCAAUGCAACUUUAAUUUAUAACUAUGUUCCAAAAUUUGUCAGAUUUGCAGUAAAAACAACAAAAAAUCUCUAGGGGAAUUCUGAAACAAGCUAAAAAGACUAUACUGGAUGAAACAAAGCUAUAGUUUAUGUAAAAUUCAUUUCAUCGAUUUAUAUUUUAAAUAAAAGUAUGAAAAAAUAAAA